AUGGUUGGACACAUGUUUGACAACGAAGAACGGAGCUUGAUAAUGACCUCAGGGAAAGGUCAAGUGGUUUACCCUGUUAUAUUCGACACAUUCUAUGUCGAAAAACAGGGAUACCUCAAGCUUUACUGUCUGCCAGGGGCAUUACGAUACCAAAAUGAUACCUACAACGUUGUAUCAUCGCCUGAGGAUAUUAAGGAUGAUGAGACCGACAAUGAUGAGAUUGACAACGAUGAGAUCAUGGAUGAUGAGGCAACUUACCCCAAUCUACCCUCUUUCCCAGCAGUGUCUAAACCAUUAAAUCUUUUGAAAGAUCUCAUACUAUCGUGGAAGUCCUCUAAUGACGAUAGUGCUGAGAUCUACAACGUAGACAACGAUGACGACGAGAACCUCCCACUAGGCUACGAAACGCACUGCGCUACCUUCCCUUCCAUCGCAGCCCAACGCCUCUCAGCGCCACGCUCUCACCUGACCCUCCUCGUGCUAGUAGCCUGCUACACCUCAAUCUUCGUCCUCCUGCUCAUUAGCGGGAUAAUUAGUAGUGGCGACGGGAAGAAUAAGUUAAGAGCGAAAGUUGACGCGGAGUUUAUUGCGUGGUAG